CCCGCAGGAUGCAAAGGGGGAGGCCCCCAGAGGUUGGCGAAGGGGGAGCUUGACCUUGGCCGGGCCGGGGGCCUGUCAGGAGAGAAUCCCCCGCCUUGGGAGCAGGUGCCAGGGCUCCCGACUCGCUUCCUCCUCUCUGUGGGGUGGGAGAGGUAUUGGGGGUGGGGGUCGAGGCUGCUGGUCAGGCUCAGUAUGUUGCCUUUCACCAUCCCCUCAUGUAGUGUGUGUGUGUUUGUGUGGGGGGGUCGUCUGGCUGACCGCUGUUGGAAACGGAAUACUGGGAUCUCCAUGGAUCCCAGCUUGGCCCAAUCCAGCAGGGUAGGGAGGGAGACCCUAUCAGUGGUAGGAUAGCCGAAUAGAGCCUUAUUUCCCUCAACGUUGUUGUUGUUGUUGUUGUUGUUGUUGGAUAGCCGAAUAGAGCCUUAUUUCCCUCAACGUUGUUGUUGUUGUUGUUGCCAAAUAGAGCCUUAUUUCCCCCAACAUUUAUUGUUGUUCUAGCUGAAUACUGUAGAGGGUUAUUUUCCCCAACGUUGUUGUUGUUGUUGAACAGAGACUUAUUUUCCCCAACAUUAUUGUUGUUGUUGUUAUUAUUUAUUAUAUCCUACCUCUUCUUCAAGGAGUUCUAAGUGUCCCGCACGUUCCUCCCCUUGUCCAUUUUAUCCUUGCAACAACCCUGUGAGGUAGGCUAAGACUAGAGAGACAGUGACUGGCCCAAGGUCACCCAGUGAGCUUCAUGGCUGUGGUGGGAUUUGAACCCUAGUCUCUCUCCCAGGUCUUGGUCCAAUACUGUAGCUGCUGUGGUAUACUGGCGCUCUUAUGCUGAAGACUUGGCAUCUUUGCACCAUGGAUUUUAUUUGUUUUAUAGAAUCUAAAUACUGUUUGAUUGUAAAACAAACAGGGGGGGGGGGAAUGCUUCGAAGCAGUUUACUCUCUCUCCAUAUAAAAUGAUUGUUAAAAACAACUGCUUAAAACAUUUAAAAAUAAAACCAAUGAAAAACUAAAAACAGAUUAAAACUGUAUCAGUUGCUAUAGGUUCUUUCAAAAAAUACACUUUACUGGCAUUUAGGAAAGUACACACCUUCAUGUCCUUUCUGAAAGCACCAAAGUGACCACGUUUGAAAGCAGGAUACUGGACUAGAUGGACCAACAGCCCAGCACACUACCUCUUAUUUACUUUUUAAACUUUAAAAUGUACAUCUUGCCUUGUAGUUCAGUGUGAGGAAGAGAGGUGCCCCUCACCACUCACUGCAUUCCUGUGGUGGUCAGUUACAGGGAGGCCUAACAAAACCAAAGAUUUUGGGAUUCAAAAUAGUGUGUAAACUUCUAUGUUGUCAGACUGAGGUGUUUUUUCCUGCAGUUUUCCCUCUUGGGUUUUAUAUUCAAUUCCUGUGCAUCACUUGGGUAUUCUCUUAUUGUAGAGUGGCUAAUAAAUUCUAAAAUAAAGUAGAAUAGAGUAGCAGCUCAGAAAAUGAACCCUCUUCUUGUAAUGAACAGAUUACAACAUUAAAAGACUAGUGAUAUAUCCAGCAAAAUGUAACCAAGCCAGGAUUGUUGUCAGUAUGCUUUUUAAUAGCAUGUAGCCAUAGCUUUCAGUUCUAAACUUUUAAGACACUUGUUUAUUGUGUGUUCCCCAAAGACUCCAUUUCCCCCUGUAGCCAUAUAGGCAAAAAUUUGCUGUUAUCUUGAAUCUCUCGGGUCGCCCCAGGCCUUUACAUCUUGGUGCAGGCAUGGUGCAAGAGUCUUAACUGAUACAUGAAAAAUAUUGAGUGGUCUUACUUAAUUCCAUUCAAUUAGUGUUGUUCAUUGUUAAGAUUGUUUAUAAAUUCUGUGUGAGUGCUGGUGAUUUAUUCCUAUGUGUUUCUUCAUUUUUUACCCAUUCAAAACCAGAGCAUUGCAAAGACUGUUGGUAGAAGCUGCAUUUGACUUGUGGAAUUUUCAGGUGUCGUUCCUCUAUUCAUCUUCAAGAAUGGCCUUUGUGUGUCUCAGUUAAAUGGCACAAAUAUUUUCCCCAAAGUAAGUGCCAUUGAGUUCAGCAGGGUUUACUCCCAAUUAGUUACAUAGGAUGAUGGCUGCCUUUUUAAAACAACCACCACCACCAUGCUUGGGCAUGUGCAGAUAUAGACCUUACUUUGGUGUUUCUGGAAUCCGUCUGGCUCAGAAGACAAUGGAGGAGUGUGCCUUUAAGGGUGAAGUUAAAAGACUUUACUGUAAAUGUAUUAAUGGAGAACUAUUCCAGACAUGGAGAUAAUUUACCAUGAUCUAACAGGUUAAAUUGGAUAUCCCCCCCCCCCCCCGAAUAAAAGAAUAAUGCAUGCUAAAUGUUUUCUUAGGAACUAGAUUCAGGUACAGGUAGGUAGCCGUGUUGGUCUGACGUAGUCAAAACAAAAUAAAAAAAUUCCUUCCAGCAGCACCUGAUUCAGGUAGGUAGCCAUGUUGGUCUGAUGCAGUCGAUAUACAUAUAUACACAUGUGUGUACCUAUAUAUAUGUGUGUGUUUGUGUGUGUGUGUGUGUGUGUGUGUAUUUUGUUUAGUAGCACCUUAGAGACCAACUAAAUUUGUUCUUGGUAUAAGCUUUCAUUUUUUUCUUAGGAACUAGUUUGUUAAGAGCGUGAAAUGUAAUGAACAUCUGUGCAGGAGAUCAUAUUGAGGUGAUCUGGGCAGCCCCUCCCAAAGUUAUCUAGUUAAUCAUCUGGUCUGGAAAAAUGCUUUGGGUCCCUAAUGUUCAGCCCUGCAAAGAGACAAAGAAAUAUUUGAAAAAUCAUGUGUGUCAAAAUACGAAUUUUAGCUGCCUGGAUGAGUGACCACCUGAGAUUUUUCCAAACCUAUUCCACAGGCAUUGAUUUUGUUUGGUUUUUAAUGUUAACUUGUUUGCUUCUAGUGAGCUGUGCAUAAUUAAUCCAAAAGAGUUUGUGGUCACAGGUGAUCAGACUUUGUUACAAUGCUUAUACAAUAUUUUAUUUAAAGACUAUUUAAGUAAAAAUCAUAAACAUAUUUACUAUGGAGUAAGUCUAUUGAACAAACUGGGGUUACUUCCAAAUAAGCAUAGAUAGGAUUGUGCUGUCAACGUGGCUUGAAGGUUCAGGAUGGCUGAGAAUUGCAAAACUGGAGGAGCAAAGGUCCAAGGCAGUAUAGUGGAAUGGGAAAUAGAGCCUCGAGAGAAGCCAACAUGUAUAGCAAGGUGUACUUAUAUCCUGGGUGCAGACACCUAUAUAAAUGGGUAACAUCCAGAUUAGAUAACUUUUCUCCAAAGCAGGAAACCACUAGAACGUUCAUAAGCUUGCAACUUAAUGUUUCAUGAGAAGUGCCUGGCUUAAUAAAGACGUGUGUGUGUUUUGCCCCCUUUUUUCAUUUGAAACGCAUGCAUGAUUUUACUACGGUAGCAGUGGCUGAACUACUGAAAAAUUUGUAGAACUCAGAAGCUGCAUCCAUUAAAGCUUGCUAGCUGAUUGCAAGGCUGCCCUUUGGGAGCCCCCUGCAAAAUGAUGUAACUGAAUGAAAAGAGUUCUGUUGAAAUAGGUGCCUCCUCUUUCCCACUUGCUAAGUUCUGGUGAUGUGGGCAUUAAGCUGCUCUGGACCCACUGUGGAGCUGCGUUCCCCUAUGCAAAAAGCACCAUUUCACAGGAGACAAGUGGCGAUGUGGAUAAGUUCCCGUUUCAGUACUUGUGCUUUCUCCCUCAGCGUUUUUGCAAGGAAAGUAAGCAGAGAGGGGCUGAAUUCGCUUCAGAGUUCAAUUGCACUAAAAAUUUCCUGACUGGGUGUGACAAGAAUGGCCAGCAAAGGGCCAGCAGCUUCUACCUCCACUGAAAGCAACAAUGCUGGCGGGACCAGUGGCAACAGCAGCAGCGGGGACGGGGCAAGCCAGGACAGCACUUUCGAGUGCAACAUCUGUUUGGAUACAGCCAAGGAUGCUGUGAUCAGCCUAUGUGGGCACCUCUUCUGUUGGCCUUGUUUACACCAGUGGUUAGAGACCAGGCCCAAUCGGCAGGUGUGUCCUGUAUGUAAAGCAGGCAUCAGCCGCGACAAGGUCAUCCCACUUUACGGAAGGGGCAGCACCGGACAGCAGGACCCCAGAGAGAAGACACCGCCACGGCCUCAAGGCCAGAGACCUGAGCCGGAAAACAGAGGGGGCUUCCAGGGUUUUGGGUUUGGCGAUGGAGGCUUUCAAAUGUCGUUCGGAAUUGGGGCAUUUCCUUUUGGUAUAUUCGCUACAGCAUUCAACAUAAACGACGGUCGGCCUCCCCCAGCGGUUCCAGGGACUCCCCAGUAUGUGGACGAACAGUUCCUGUCCCGCCUCUUCCUGUUUGUGGCCCUGGUGAUCAUGUUCUGGCUCUUGAUUGCUUAACCUUGCCCUGUAUUGUACCCGAUAAACCUGUACCAUGGUUUGUCGGGCUCCGAACUGGUCACAGACGACUGCUUCUUCUUCUCCGUGCCCCACUGCCAGCCUCUCGGUGUCUGGUUCCAUAGCUCAUGGGCUCCCGCAAGCCCCGAUGUCUACUGCAGUGGGAGGAGGACUCUUGCUUAUUAUGCCAGAGUAAAUGGAAUUAAAGGUCUCUCUUUAAAAGCAUUCUAAAGUCCAGCCAUGUGUCACGCAACAGGUAACUGGCUAAGGCUGUGAACCUAGCUUUUGAGCUUCACAUGCCAAGAGGGAGCAUUGUUUGAAAUCAUGUGCCAAGCCGUUAAACCAGGUGCUGGCCCUGGAGGGAGAGUGGGUGGCAAGGCCAGGCAUGGAAACACUUGCCCUGUUUCUCAGAUGAGUCUUGCAACCCAACAGCACUGAAGGGAGGGAGAUCAAUGGACCGACCGACUGCUUCAGAAUCCAGUUGGAUACGUUGACCGAAACCAACUUGCUCCUGGAAAUUUUUCUUCUUAUGUGAGUACAACUUGGGAAGACCAUCGGGCGGCAGGUGAGGUUACCUUAGGAGUAUUCUCUUCCUGCUGUUUCCCACCUAGCUGACCUUUUCCCAGGGAUAUUUAAACAAGUUAAGGGAUAAGAGACUCUCUCACCCUGAAACAAUAAAAUACCUAAACUUCCUGGAACCAGGUGGGGCACGUUCUCUCAUCUCAGGGCUGGGGGUGGGGAUGUUGGACACCAGAAGGGUCCCCUCUGGGGUUGUUGCACAGCACACUUCCGCAUGGAUGAAAGCAGUGUUGUUUUCCUAAAACUUGUAUAACAGCUUUCAGCUCUUAAUUUGGAUGUAGACAGUUCUGGUUACUGUAGUCGUUGACACGCAUUUGCUCCUUCCUGAGAUGAAUCCAAAAUUGUCGUCUCCCUGUCCCCCAACUUCUUGGAAUGGUUAGUUUGAGAAAAGUGGAGGACAAUCUUCUUUUGAGCAUUUUGUUCUUCCCCUAUAAGAGUUUCUGCAUAGUGAGAAUAACAGCCUUAAUUGGGGGCUUAUUCUCAAGCUCCAAGGGGUCAUUAGUGUGUGAGCUUUUUCAGAUGACCAAAGAUGAUAUUUUGAAGGGUCGAUCAUGAGCAUGAGCCAGCAGGAAGCUCUCCUACACAAGCCCCAUUGAAACAAAUCUUCCGGUUUCCACCUUUCCCAGCCUUGUUGUCUCUCCAUAUGUUGUAGUCCGGGAGUGGGGGAACUGCGGCCCCUUUUAGCCACCGCGAAUAUGGCCAAUGGCCAGGGAUGAUGGGAGUUCUUGUUCAACAGCAUCUGGAGAGCCAAGGGUUCCCCACACUUGUAACCCAAAAUCCCAGGAGAGCACCAGGUUGGGGGAGCUGUCUUCUUCGUUUCAGUGGGACCCACAUGGAAGAACAUCCCACUUACAUGCAUCUGAACUAUUUACACAAUGGAUUCCUUUGCAGGAGUGGAAGGGGCCUGGGAAUAUUGCUUUAAAACUGUUGCUGCUGAAUCUUGGGAGAUUCACAGGACCAAAAAUGAACCUUCCUCACUCCCUGACCUCACACUUUCUUGUAAAUCUAAGGGUCUCUCCUCAAAGACUCGUGGGUUUCUCUCUUGUUUUGCAGUGCUUUUGAUCUUGUUUUUUUCCUCCCUACUCCUUUCCCUAUUUCUGUAGCAGCAAUUUUUUAUGAGUUGCUGAACAAAUCAUAGCCAGCAAUACUGAAAAGAACAAAUUGCCUAAGGGGCUUCUUUUUUUGACUAAGGUCUGAUAGCAUAGUAAAAACCAGUCAUUCCUACAGUAGAAACCAGGAUGGUUGACCUUGCAUCCCCAGUAGUCACAGUGAGAGCGUUUCUCUUUUUAUAAAAUGUAAAAUCCUUCUGUCAAUGGUUUUCCAAAAAGUGCUCAAGGGCCUGUCAGUGACAUAAAAAAGACUAACCUGUGCUGACUCCUAGAACCUGCAUAGCUUAGAUUUGUUUUGUUGGGGGAGAAAAUAAUGCCACCUACUGUUGAUAAGGUAAAGUGAAAACCAUCAUAAUAUAUAAGGGAUCUCUGGCAUUUCGUUCUUUUUACUGUUCAUGAAAAUGAGUACCAUGGAACUAAAGCUGCCCUUCUGAAAGCAAUUUUGUUAAACGGUUUGCUGUAAAGCUUUUUUUUUAAAAAAAGAAUAAAAUCUGUGGCAAUUGGGAAAGAGAAAAUUGAGAAGUUCUGUUGUUAUGGAUUUAAAAUAUUAAAGCAGAUUUAACUGCCUUUGGACCUUUUAAACAUGUGGAGUAUUAUAUUUUUGCCAGCUGCUACCUGAGCAGAAGGGGAUCUGUCAACCAAGGUGACCACAAAAGUACCUAGCCUGAUUCAAAAGGUGCUGGAUUGGGGCGAGUCCCACUGAUAAUUAACAUGGCUCGUGUGGGUUGUAUACUUAAUGUUCAAAUGGUCCAGUCUCCAUAUUUUCCUGAAACUGCAGGAAAAUAUGGCACCUUAAAGACCAGCAAGUUUAUUGUAGUGUAAGCUUUCAUGGACUCUACAGCCCCACUCUGUUGCCUGCAUCUGUUGGAGUUGUCUUUAAUGGGGGCAGAAGAUUUUGCAGUUUAACCUGGUUUUUAAGGUGCCAGAAAAACACUCUGCUGUUUGGAUUUCUACAUAUGAACACGGCUUCCCCUCUGGAAUGUCAAAUUUACUUGUGGGUUUGAAAUGGCCUCUGGAGUUCCCCUCUGCCCUGCUGUGCUUUUUUUGUAUUUGUAUUCUUUCUCCCCCCGGAAAAAACAAACCAUGUAUUGAUUGUACUUGGCCUAUGGUUAGCAAAAGAUGGCACCACUGUGCAACACCAUUGUGAUUCACUAAUUUUCACUGUUGUGAAAGUAAUUUAGAAUAAACACAUUUUUACA